AGAAGUUCGUUCCAUCAAUUUUACCCACAAUCCUCAGCCAAUCACAGCGGUGUCCAACAACGUUGCGUAAGCGAAGCUGAAUUUAAAGGCUGCGCUUUUCUUCGCCACACCAGGAGCAGCAGAGAAGGAGCAAGAAGAGGAGAAAGAAGAGGAGCAGAGGUUCAGAGAGACUUUGUGAAACAACGAGGAGGUAAAAAUGUCUCACCCAGAUUACUCCGGUACCUACCACAUGGUGGAGCAGCAGAACAUGGACGCCUACCUCACAGCCUUAGACAUCAACAUCGCCCUGAGGAAGAUCGUUUGUUUCUUGAAACCCACCAAAGAGAUUGUCCACGACCCGGCCACCGGGGCCAUGAAGAUCCGGACCGUCACCACGCUGAAGAACUUCAACAUGGACUUCGUCAUCGGAGAGGAAUUUGAAGAAAACCUGGGGCCGGUGGACGGACGGAUCUGUCAGACCACGGUGAGUUGGGACGGAGACAGACUGGUGUGUGUGCAGAGAGGAGAGAAGGAAGGUCGAGGGUGGACUCACUGGCUGGAGGGGGACCACCUGCAUUUGGAGAUGAGAGUUCAAGACAUCGUCGCCAAACAGGUCUUCAAGAAAGUGAACUGAAGGACGAGAGGAAACAAAGAACCUGAAGCUCGUUAACCUUUUUCUGUUUUACAUCUUAUUGGACUAAUUAUGAAGGUCAUGUGAUGUCCGUCCCUCCGUCUGUCUGUGUAUCUGUGUAAGAAGAAGAAAAAGGCGCUGGACUUCUGUAAACAUCGUGAACUCCCCGUGUUCGUUUUCACGUCAUCAGACGUCGAUGACACAUCUGUGACCUUUCUGCCGUCUUUGGUGACGAAAAUGUCAACGUGAGUGUCAACGGGACGUGGAGUUGAUAGUGGGGCGACCUGUUUAUGAUGUGUGAACAUCAAUCGGGGAGUGGGGGGGUGGAGAGGCGGAUGACAUUUACAUAUGGUACAGAGAUAAAUGAGACGACUCAUGAUGCCCCCUGCUGACAGGAAAGUGAUCUGUAAACACGUUUGGAGCAACAGAUGAAGGAAGGAAGGAAGGAGAUGAUCCCAUUCCAAACAAAUCCAUGUCUUAUCAAAGGCCGGGGCAGCAGCUGAGAAGACGAGGUCACAACCAAAGAAAAUAAAUAGAAGGAGAAAAUCAAGAGAAAAAUAUCAGAGUAUCAUCAAUGUAUGUUUUUUGUUCUGAGUCUUAAUUAUUCACUGGAAGAAAAAAAAAACCCCACCGUUCCUCCUCCCCCCUCCAAGUUGAGACAUUUACAACCCCCCUCACCCGCUUUCCACAAUGGCUUCUUGCACUCCGAUGGGAAGCCUGCAGAGACCACUGCCUCACUAGUUUGCUGGUUCAAUUCCCAGUCUGAAUUUUGUCCAUAUUUAAAAAAAAAAACAAAUCACAAUUUUCACAACAAAAACAGUAAACGUUUUAUUUUUGAAGAUUAAGGUAAAAAAAAAAAAUAUUUGUUAGGAUUCACUUGAGUUUAACUUGAAUUAUCAACAUUAUUUUCACUUGUGAUUUAAAAACCACGUGUAAAAGAACGUGGACAGUGUUCUCCUGGUCUGGUACUGACUUUUUUUUUUCAUAAAUAUUGGUGCAGUUCGUCAGUCUUAUUGCUUCUUUGUAUACGUCACUUCAGGUGAAAUUCUCACAAAACUCCAGCAGGAGGCGACAAUUCGCCUUCUACACGUCUCCAGUAAGUGAAACCACCCGUUUCCUUGUAUAAAUAGUUACACUUAAAAGUUGAUUUAAAAAAAAAAGUAAAGCAUGUUGAAGAAG